UAAAACAACUCAUCAAAAAAUCAAAGGUUAAGAUUUCCAAUUCCCUAAAUCCUGGCAACGGCCCACUCUCUGUAGCGUGUCCAGUCCAGCCCAGGAAAGUGGGCUCAUGCUCCUUCACGCUGUGCUCACAUGUACCCAAUGAUUUCCCCCCUCCCUCCCUCCCUCUCCCCUCCUUUAUAUCUCUGCUUCUCCCCCAACCACUGCAGCACAGCAGUAGUUCACUCAUUACUGAGAGAGGGAACUAGCAGAAGAAGAUGAAGUUGCUCUCUCCCCCUCACUCCUCUUCAACAAUCCUUCUCCUUCUCCUUCUCUGCUUCCAUGGCGCCGUCGCCUCUUCCAACUCUUCUUCCUCCUCCACUUCAAAAAUCGGGAAAGGCUACCGCCUAAUCUCCAUUGAAGAAACUCACGACGGAGGAUUCCUCGGCCACCUUCAAGUCAAGCAGAAGAACAAAAUCUAUGGCGCCGAUAUCCCCACGCUCCAGCUCUUCGUCAAGCACGAAACGGACGACCGGCUGCGGGUUCACAUCACGGACGCGGAGAAGCAGAGGUGGGAGGUGCCGUACAACCUCCUCCCCCGGGACCAGCCGCCGGCGGCGAAGCAGACGAUAGGGAGGUCGAGGAAGAACCUAGUCGGCGUCCAGGACUACACGACAUCCGGGGAGCUGAUCUUCAGCUACACGGCGGACCCGUUCAGCUUCGCGGUGAGGAGGAAGUCGAACGGGCAGACUCUGUUCAACACCAGCUCCGGCGAAUCCGACGACCCGUUCGGCGCCAUGGUGUUCAAGGACCAGUACCUGGAGAUAUCCACCAAGCUUCCCGAGGACGCGUCGCUGUACGGCCUCGGGGAGAACACGCAGCCGCACGGGAUCAAGCUGUACCCGGGAGAUCCGUACACCCUGUACACGACGGACAUCUCGGCGAUUAAUUUGAAUGCGGAUCUGUACGGGUCGCACCCGGUUUACAUGGACCUCCGGAAGGUGGACGGGAAGCCGUACGCCCACGGGGUUUUGCUGCUGAACAGCAACGGGAUGGAUGUGUUCUACAAGGGGAACUCGCUGACGUACAAGGUCAUUGGGGGCGUUUUCGACUUUUACUUCUUCGCCGGUCCGAGUCCUUUGGGGGUCGUCGAUCAGUACACUUCCUUGGUUGGCAGACCCGCUCCCAUGCCUUACUGGGCUUUCGGAUUCCACCAAUGCAGAUGGGGGUAUCACAACCUCUCAGUAGUUGAAGAUGUGGUCGACAACUACAAGAAGGCCAAGAUUCCACUCGACGUGAUCUGGAACGACGAUGAUCACAUGGAUUUCCACAAGGACUUCACCUUGAGCCCCAUCAGCUACCCUCGUGAGAAGCUGCGAGCCUUCUUGGACAAGAUCCACGGCAUCGGGAUGAAGUACAUUGUCAUCAUUGAUCCCGGGAUCAACGUCAAUUCCACUUACGGCGUGUACAACAGAGGCAUUGCAGAUGACGUUUUCAUCAAGUACGAAGGCCAGCCUUUCUUGGCUCAAGUCUGGCCCGGAGCAGUCAACUUCCCUGACUUCCUCAACCCUAAAACUGUCUCCUGGUGGGGGGAUGAGAUCCGCCGCUUCCACGACAUGGUCCCUGUCGACGGCCUUUGGAUCGACAUGAAUGAAGCUUCCAACUUCUGCUCUGGACUGUGCACUAUCCCCAAGGGGAAGAAGUGUCCGACGGGGACCGGCCCGGGUUGGGAUUGUUGCUUGGAUUGCAAGAACAUUACCAAGACGAGGUGGGAUGAUCCUCCUUAUAAGAUCAAUGCUUCAGGAUUGCAAGCGCCGAUCGGUUUCAAGACUAUAGCCACCAGUGCCGUUCAUUACAAUGGCGUAUUGGAGUACGACGCACACAGUCUGUACGGAUUCUCACAAUCCAUUGCUACUCACAAGGCUCUUCAGGAUCUUCAGGGCAAGCGCCCAUUCAUCUUGUCGCGCUCCACCUACGUUGGAUCAGGGAAAUACGCUGCCCAUUGGACGGGAGACAACCAGGGGAAUUGGGAGAAUUUGAAGUACUCCAUUUCCACAAUGCUCAACUUUGGCAUCUUUGGUGUGCCGAUGGUUGGUUCAGAUAUAUGUGGGUUCUAUCCCGCUCCGACGGAGGAGCUCUGCAACCGCUGGAUCGAAGUAGGGGCUUUCUACCCAUUUUCCAGGGAUCACGCCAACUUCUACUCCCCAAGGCAGGAGCUUUACCAGUGGGAAUCUGUUGCCGAGUCCGCAAGAAACGCUCUCGGCUUGAGGUACAAGCUUCUGCCAUAUCUCUACUCGUUGAGCUACGAUGCUCACAUGACCGGAGCACCCAUCGCCAGGCCGCUUUUCUUCUCCUUCCCUACCUACACCGACUGUUACGGGUUGAGCACGCAGUUCUUGCUAGGCAGCAGCCUCAUGAUUUCUCCGGUGCUCGAGCAAGGGAAGUCGCAAGUAAAGGCGUUGUUCCCUCCCGGAUCGUGGUACAGCAUGUCCGACAUGUCUCAAGCCAUCGAAUCGAAGGGCGAGUACUACACACUGGACGCGCCAUUGCACUUCAUCAACGUGCACGUGUAUCAGAACACCAUUUUGCCGAUGCAGAGGGGCGGAAUGAUUUCGAAGGACGCCAGGAUGACGCCGUUCAGCCUCGUGGUUACUUUCCCUGCUGGGGCAACCGACGGAGCGGAAGCGAAAGGGAGUCUGUUUAUGGACAACGAUGAGCUUCCGGAGAUGAAGCUUGGGAAUGGCGAGUCGACGUACAUCGAGUUCUAUGCCACUGUGAGCAACGGGAGCGUGAAGUUGUGGUCGGAAGUUCAGGAAGGUAAGUUUGCGCUGGGGAAAGGGUUGAUUAUUGAGAAGGUAUCGGUGUUGGGACUGGGCGGAAGUGGGUCGCCGUCGGAUGUCGAAGUCGGCGGGAAUGCAGUCUCUGUCACGGUGGCUUCGAAGGUUCAGGUGAGGUCGGUGGAGCAGAUCGACGGCGGAGAUGAAAAGGGGAAUACUAAGAGUAUGAUGGUGGAGGUGAGUGGGUUGGAGAUUCCGGUGGGGAAGAACUUUGCUAUGACGUGGCACAUGGGAUUGUAAGUCUUGUCUGCUCGUAAGGUUAUUAGCUGUUCGAGUGGAGAAGAUGAUCAGAUGAUGUACUGCAUUUUGUAUCUUAGAGUAUGUGGCAGUGAAUCGGGUUUUAAUUAGGCGAGUAUUUUGUUGUUUCUGGGCGGGUUUCUCUCAAUUGUUAGGCAGUUAAGUUUGCUUGGAGAGAAGAAGAGAUUUGAGCAAUGGAAAAGACUCGCCUCUCAUUCUUCCCCUUGCAAGCUAAGUUACUUUCAGUGAGUGUUUAGAUUUUUCUAUCUUAUUGCUUAGAUGAGCAUUCUGCUGCCAUGGAAGUUGAUGAUGAAGAAAUGUCAGGUUCCUUCGGUUUUAUAAAUGGCUUCCUUACCUCUGUAUCCUUAACCAGCAUGUUGUAGUUCAUAUUGGGACCUUGACCCAAACCAUGGCAUCCACUUAAGACUAGCUUUGUGCCCGCGUUUGGGGAGGUUGGCCUAUGCUUUUGUUUUGUGUGCUUUGUAGCUUAGAUACUGUGGGAACUCUAUGAUUUUAUAUUUGAACUGUUAUUAAUAUACUAGUGAUGUAAACGACCACUUCUACUAUGC